AUGCCAGGUACGAAAGAAAGAAAGAGAGAAAGGAAUAAAGAAAGAAUAAAAGAAAUAGAAAGUGAGAAUCAGAUCUUGUCAGAACUCGAUGUGACAACCACUGAGAACGCACAAGAGAAAGAGAAUUCAUGUAUCGAAGUGAGAGGUAUCAGCCACGCAUUUUGCAGCCCUGGGCCACGCUGUCUGUGCACACUUCCAUCAAUGCACAGUGUGUACAUUAUAAUAUCUAUUGCACCAGGAGACGGCUGGCUCAAAAUCGGUGACAGAAACGAGCUUAGCACCAACUACGACGAUAGCAGCCAGCUCGCGAUUUCUCGCAUUAUUACCAUUGUUUGGUCUAAAUUACUUUUGAUUCCUGGAGUCCUGGACGAUCUGCUGCAUUGUGGCUCUCCAGAGCUGCAAGAGUAUCAAUUCCAACACGAGGCUGCUGAGCUACCUGACCCAGUACUUUACCGCCAAUUGCUUGGGAACAGCUGGAAAUAA